AUGUCAAUAUUCAAAGCCAACACAGACUCAACAACUCUAGUGACUAAAUAUCUACCCAGUCCUAUUGUUGCCCGCUCUGUCCGACUAUUGCCCAUUUCGUGUCACUCAUACUGCGGUCUUCAUUUUGACGUCGUUGGUUGUGAAGCCACUACCACUAUUUCGAAUACACCUACUACUACCACGGUUUUGUAUUCAAUAAUCUCUACCGCCAUUUCUAACGCUUUGAGUACACCAACAAAAGCAAUCACUUCGGUUAAACCGACUUCAUUUAACAAUACUCGAGCUGGACUAUGUAUUUGUACCUGUACCGAGACCAACGCUACAAUGACACCACAGGCAUUACAGGAAAGAAUAGAUAACAUUGUACAGAACCUAACAAUCUCGAAAAAGAAGACAUCGAAAUACAUUAGAAGCAAAAGCUCGGCACAGGAUUCAAGACCAGAGGUGGUAUAUGUUGGAUCUGUGGCUAUAGUAAUAUUAUGUAUGUUUGCCAGUCUCAUUGUCCUACCAGACCUUUACACGCUGCUCCGAUUCCUCUACGCAAUGCUUAAAUGUAAAGAAACAUAAAGAAAGAUGGAAUCCUAUGGGACAAACAUAUUUGUCAACUGAUCAGAA